AUGGUUUUGGAGAUGAAAAACUGUUCUUUGUCACCAAAAGCGUAUUAUGAACUUUAUAUGGUCGUUACGGACAAACUUCGUAUUCUUGAGUCAUAUCUUAUCGAAGAACACAAAAACGGACGAAAAGUCUUGUAUUUGUAUGAAACUGUCCAGUAUAUAUCAAAUAUUCUACCUAGAUUGUAUUUGCUUAUUACUGUUGGAAUAUAUCACAUUAAAUGUUCAGAAUUAUCACGGCGUGAAAUUCUUCGUGAUCUGGUGGAAAUGUGUUCGGGUGUGCAACAUCCUACUAGGGGUCUUUUUCUGCGGAGUUAUCUGUUGCAAUCACUACAUAGUUAUCUUCUUCCAGAUAUUGAGGAGCCACCGUCGACACCUGUACCGGUGAUUUCAACAAAGGAUGACGAUGGUGGUGAUAAAAAUGAUGUAAAUUUGUUACUGGAUGGGAGGAAGACAAAUAGUACUGGUGAACAAUGCGUGAAUCAAAAAGCAAACCCCAUUUAUCCACAAGGAACAAUUUCUGACAGUAUCAGUUUUCUGUUAUUUAACUUUUCGGAAAUGAAUAAACUUUGGGUACGAAUGCAGCAUCAAGGGCACACUAGGGAUCGUGAAAAACGCGAACAAGAACGCCGAGAAUUACGUUUACUUGUUGGUGCAAAUUUGAAUCGACUAUCUCAGUUGGAAUCAAUUAAUGUCGAGAGAUAUAAAACACAAGUACUACCUCCAGUUUUGGAGCAGAUAAUUGAAUGCCGUGAUGUUAUUGCACAAGAAUAUCUCAUGGAUGUGGUUAUACAAGUUUUCCCUGAUGAAUUUCAUAUGGCCACUUUGCCUUUAUUAUUGCGUACCUGUAAUCACUUACAAUCAGGUGUGAAACCGAAACCUAUUGUUUGCAGUCUUAUUGAUCGCUUAUCCAAACAUGCAGCAACCGAGUUAGAAGCCGGUCGUGAACUAAAAAUCCAAGUAUCAUGUAAUAAUUAUUCUCCAAUGAAAGGAACUUCCCUACGUAAUCAUAACAAUAAUGCAAACGGCGAUGAGAAUAUGAACAAUCCCACUAAUAAUGAAGAGAUUACAUCCCAAUCAGUAUGUCAUGCAGAUGAACUGAAAAACUCUGAUCAACGUGAUAAGUCAGAGGACAGGUUAAAAACGGCUAACAAUGCUGAAGCUAGUGCAACCGAAACGACUACAACAGAUCUCUUCUCCUUAUUUUUCGUUGAAGUUAGUCAACUGAUUCAUACACGUUUAACACUAUGUGAACUAACUUAUAAUAAUCUGCAAAUGUCAUGUGGUAUGAAAAAUCGUCCUACUAUACAAACAGCAGCUAUGAUUAAUGGCUUACCGUUAGAAGAUAUUCCAGCAUUCUAUUCAGCUUUAGUUUAUCUAGCAAUGAUAAUUCGUCCGAAUAAUUGUGCAUCAUUAAUUGAUAUUUGUUUAAAUGCUACAGCGGAUGCACUUCAUCAUGUUGGUCUUGUUCUAAUACCAUCUGGAUCUUCAUUAUCUCGUGAUUUACUUCGUUUACUCUACCUACCACUUGAUGGUACAUUCCCACAGUCACUGAGCGGUGUUCAUCGUAUUAAUGCUCCACUGACAGCACUUAGCGACCUAAGAACAGUUUUAGGUAUGUCUGGCUUCCGACGUUUGGUUGCAUUAUUGGAUCCAAAAACUACAAAAUGCCGAUUAGCCUAUGAUUUGUUGAAUGCUGCACUGGAACGUGAUCAACGUCAAGUAAUACAAUAUCCUCAAAAAUAUCGUCAUGAUUCAAAUAAAGACUCAUCAGUAGUCAACUCAUCUACACUUUCACCAUCAUUCUCAUCACGUUUGACUACUGAAACUGAUUUAGACAAUUUAUUUGAACUGAUCGAUGGGUUGUUGACAACUGAUCCAAACACAUGUGAAGAUCCUAAUGAAUUUGCUGAAGCGCAAAGUUUAAUAGCUGGUAUGCUCCAUAUUCUAGGACCAAGUCCACAGAGUUUGGAUCCAGAUAUGUGCUUUAAAUUGUUUACAAAAGCUCAACAACGUUUAGAACAAGCUGGACAUGCUCUUGUUCGUUUCAAUUUUCCUGCUCUUGUAUUUCAGAGUCUUCAGUUAGUGCAAACAUACUAUGAAUCACGUGAACAGAAUCCGAAUUGGGAGGAAAGUGUUACAGUUGUUGUACAAUUUUGUCAUCGUUGUUGUACGUGUUUAGUAGCAGCAGACGCUUCUGAAUCGGCUUUACGCUUAUUUCUCUAUUCAGCUUUGGUAAUUGAUAAAAUACAGUUUAAAAAUCAAGAAUCUAUUAUCUAUGAAUUUAUUUCACAGGCACUUACGCUUUAUGAAGAAGCUGUUUCUGAUUCGCAUGCACAGGUUGAAGCCAUGGCAUUAAUUACUAGUACGUUAUGUCAACUUACCUGUUUCACUGGAGAUAAUCAAAGCACAUUGCGAACACAGUGUACACGAGCUGCAGCACGUCUUCUACGUAAACAUGAUCAAUGUCGAGCUGUGUUUGCAAGUACACAUUUAUUUUGGCCAACUAAACCUUUAACCAGAAAAGGGAUUAAACCGAGUGUACUUAUACCUGUGACAGAUAAUAAUCCAGAAAUUUCAACUUAUGCAAAAUUAUCUGAAAGUGAUGAGUUACCAGAUGAACAUUUUGAUAAAUUGCGUGAUGCGAAAGGUGUAAUCUCUUGUCUAGAUCGUGCAGCUCGAUUUGCUAGAGAAUGUAUGGACACGGCUGUUCGCACACAGUUAUUUAUUGAUAUACUUAAUCUGUCUGUUAAUCUUCGUUUAUCAGGUUGUGAACAGAUAACUGAUGAUCGAAUAAAUGACAUAAUAAAUGAAAUCAGAAAUCUUCUAAAAAGCUUUGAACCUUCUCCUAUCACUGACCAUAUAACAAUACACUUUAAGAAUACUUUAAGUUAUAUACGUUACGAAAAACAAACUGCCGCAACUGCUUCUUCUUCUUCUGACAUCACUAAUGGAAACACACAUCUAUCAUCAGAGUUAUCCGAUAUUGAAUCAUUAGGUGAGAAAUUAUUUGCGUCUGUCCAGUUAUGA